UGGCAAUAAUGAAAUAAAAACCUCACUUUUCUCCGGCUAGUUCAAAAAUGUCACUCACUCUGAGUCUCCGAGUCGGAACAGCUUUAACCAAUUAGCUUUCUUUGACUUGCAAAGGUGUUCUCUUAACUCAACUAGCCAAAAAAAAAAACAACAACCAGGAUUUCUGGGUUUUCACCUUUGGCUUGCACGACUUGAUUUCAUAAGGUUGAAUUUCAGGCUUCUACCAUCGCCAAGCAUAAAAAAGGCUGCUUGAGAACAUAGUGCAGACGGAGAGAAACCAAAAGCAAAAAGAAGCAGACAUGAAUCAAAUACAAUCAGAGUUGCUAAAUGCCUUAACCAAAAUCUUACAAACCUCAAAAAACCCAAUAGAUUCAUUAACUCCUUACAUUUCUUUCCUAACUCCAUCCCUUCUACACUCCCUGAUUUCCUCUCCUUCCCUUUCCUCCCAACCUUCCACCCUCCUUUCUCUCCACAAACUCUCCCUUUCCCUCUUCCCUUGUCUUUCUUCUUCACCUUCUUUCCUUCUUGCCCUCCUCCCUCGCCUACUUUCCCACCACAAAUUCUCCGAAUCCAAAUCCCUCCUCCUCUCCUUCCUUUCCUCUGACCCGCAAAAUACCUUCUUCAACUCCCUCAUUCACCACCCAUCUCUUUCUAAAUUAAAACCCCUCCUUGAAAUCUCCGUUUCCAGCUAUGUCCAAUCAGGGAGGCCCCAUUUAGGAUUUGAGCUUUUUUGCCUCUUGAAAAGGCUUAAAAAGAAACCCAACUUGCUCACUUGCAAUACUCUUAUCAACGGGUUGAUAAAAUUCCCAUCCUUGCAUUCGAUCCAGUUAGGUAAGCAAGUUUUCUAUGAUUCUAUUAAGCUUGGUGUUAUUCCCCAAACAAGUACUUUCAAUAUUAUGAUUUUAGGGUGUUGUUUAGAAGGUAAGUUCAAUGAGGCAAUUUCAUUUAUUGAGAAAAUGAAGGAAUUUGGUUGUUUUCCUGAUAAUGUUACUUAUAAUACGAUCCUUGGGUUUUUCUGUAAGAAAGGAAGGUUAAAGGAAGCUGGCAAUUUAUUGCAAGAUAUGAAAGAAAAAGGGUUGAUGCCAAAUAGGUAUACAUUCAAUAUACUUGUUUCUGGAUAUUGUAAGGUAGGGUGGUUGAAAGAAGCUAGGAAAGUUAUUGACUUGAUGGUGCAAAAUGAUGUUUUGCUUGAUAUUUGGACGUAUAAUAUGUUGAUUAAUGGGUUGUGUGGUGAAGGGAGAAUUGAAGAGGCGGUUAAGUUGAAGGAUGAGAUGGAGAAUUCAAAAGUGUUACCAGAUGUUGUUACUUAUAAUACAUUGAUUGAUGGAUAUUUUAAACAUGGGAGUAGUGAGGAGGGCUUUAGGUUGGUUGAGGAAAUGAGGGAGAAAGGGAUGGAGCUGAAUGCAGUUACUAACAAUAUUUUGGUUAAAUGGUACUGCAAAGAAGGGAAGAUGGAUGAAGCGAGUGAAAGAGUUAGGAUGAUGGAGGAAAGUGGGUUUCCACCGGAUAAGGUUACCUACAAUACUUUGAUUAAUGGAUAUUGCAAGGCUGGGAAAUUGGGUGAAGCUUUUGAGAUGAUGGAUUUGAUGGGAAGGAAAGGUUUUAAGAUGGAUACUAUCACACUUAAUACCAUUCUUCAUACUCUAUGCAAGGAGAAAAAGCUGAAGGAAGCAUCUGAGUUACUAAGUAGUGCUAGUAACAGAGGUUAUUUGCUUGAUGAGGUCAGCUAUGGUACUUUGUUAGCGGGAUACUUUAAGGAUGGUAUGGCAGACAAAGCAUUACAGCUUUGGAGUGAGAUGAGGAAGAAGGAAAUUAUUCCUAGUAUCAUAACCUAUAACACCAUAAUUGGAGGGCUUUGCCAAUUGGGAAAAACUGAGCAAGCAAUUUCCAAGUUUAAGGAGUUACUUCGGAAUGGCUUAGUCCCAGAUGCAACUACUUACAAUACUAUUAUUCAUGUUUACUGCAAGGAGGGAAAAGUUGAGAAAGCAUUUGAGUUACACAACAAAAUGGUUGAAAAGUCUCUCAAACCAGAUGUCUUUACCUGUAAUAUUCUGCUUUCUGGUCUUUGCAGCGAUGGUAUGCUGGAAAAAGCUCUUAAGCUCUUCAAUACUUGGAUUUCGGAAGGGAAAGCAAUUGACCAAGUUACUUACAACACGAUGAUAUCAGGUCUAUGCAAGGAAGGAAGAUUGGAGGAUGCAUUUCAUCUUGUCUCCGAAAUGAAAGAAAGGAGUCUAGGCCCCGAUCAUUAUACAUAUAGUUCCAUUCUUGGUGCUCUCGCAAGUGCAGGGAGGAUGAAUGAAGCAGAGGAGUUCAUGUCAAAAAUGGUUGAAGUGGAAAAUUUUCGAGAACAAUCCUUACAGUUGAAGGAGCAGAAUGUCAAGACAAGUGAGAUCACCGAGGCAUAUGAUCCAGAUUCCAAUGCUUGCUCAGAACAGAUCAUUGAACUGUGCAAUCAGGGAAGAUAUAAGGAUGCUAUGCGCAUUUUUGAAGCAUCAAAUCAGAAGGGAGUUACUUUAAAUAAGUCCACCUAUAUUGUUUUAAUGGAAGGGCUUAUCAAGAGGCGAAAACGCUUAUCAAAAGCUGUCCAAUAGAAGAAAUAUUUCCUGGCAGGUUCAAAAGGCAAAUGUUAUCACUGUGUUUGACUUAGAUCAAGCUGAUAGGAAAGUUACCUCGUUUUUCACUUGGCCACACAUGAAGAUACUUUGAAUAAGUCUGCCUGCGUUGCUUUAAUGGAAUCACUUACCAAUAGGCGGAAAAGCAUAUUCAAAGCUGUCCAUUAGUAGAAAGCAGUGCUCAAUUGGCCGACAAUAUCACCAUGUUAUUGACUUGGAUUCAGCUUAUAGAACCUCAGUGGUUUUUCUGAGUGGCACUUUUGUUGAUUGCCUUGCCUCAAAACUUUCUGUUGCCGCACACUGCUUGCGUUGUUUGAGGUUCCUGAAGUCAAAUUGAUGGCAACGAUUCCACAUGGGUGUAUAAGGCAAACAUGUAGGCAUGUAGGUGUGCAUAUAAUAAAGACAUGCAGGCAUAAGGGAGGAUAUUUUAUGGGUGAAAGUUGGUGGAAGCUGGAGAAGUAUGCUGACCUCAUCCCAUAUAUUUGCUUUUCUAUUAAAUACCUCAAAUUUUUUCGAAGCUUUUUGACAUUCAUAAUAAGACUUGGGUAUUAGUAACUAAGGCUCCUUUGACUAAUGCCUUGGUUUUUUUUUCAUAGUACACCCUUAGCUGUAAAUUUGCUAUAACCAAUGAAUGUGUAUAAUGAUUUCUGCAGUGAACCACUGCCCAAAAGAGCAGGACAAUAUCAAUUUUAAUGGUAAGAACUAACAUUGAUUCUGGGAUUUAUGAUUGAGAUACAAUUUUCUUUUUGAUUUAA